CUCUAUCAAUAUUCUGUUAUUCUUGGCUUGAUGAAUAAAUUAAAAUGACCCAACUAAUUCAAUUCAAUUAGUUAAAUUAAUCUGUUGUCAUAUUCCAGAGAGGACUUCAGAAGAGAAAUUGCUGUAAUAAAAGACAGCAAAUCUUGAAGCAAGUUUACCGCACCAAAACAUGACCUUUUAGGUAUUUUGGCAUGCUAGAUUGGGCGUUUUUGGAUAGAGGAUCUCGGUGGAUUUAUUUUGGAUCUGGUCAUCCUUUCUAAAGACUAUACAGCAAAGCAGAGUUUCAGAGAUUUUUACCUUGCUUUGCGUGCAGAACUUCUCCUUUGGUUUUGGACUUGCCACACCUGCCAAAGCUAAUCUAAACUCUCAUCAGCAGGGGCAAGUUUCAGCCUGUCCCACUCACACUGAUCUAGAAUCAGCUCCAGGUGCCCAUAUCAGGAUCCAAAUGAUUCUAUGAUGUCUACAAAACUGGUCUCAGGUCAUAAUAGCAUAACAUAACAUAACAUAACAUCAGGCUAUCUGCUGCACAAGCUACCUGCUAUUUUAGCCACACCUAAACCUAGUUCAAACAGUAUGACUGUACUGAGCAAGAACUAACAGUCGACAGUAUCAGUUAUAGAAGCAAUGCAAAGAAAUAUCCCACUCUUGUUGACACUAGUCAUCGGUUCCAUUCUAUUGUUUAAAGCACAGUGAAAAAAACUGCUUGCAAAUGAUGGUAAUGGGGACCUUUAACCUUUCACAGAGUGCUUUGAAUAGCCCUGCCAACCUCCAUUCACUUCAACAAGACAAACUGCUUCCCAUGGCAAGCCUUCACUUUGACAUUUGGAGCAUGUGUGAAUGAGGCGUGGGGCGCGGAGCUGCCGUCCCUGAAACGUCGGGGUAGGCGAAGUGACACAGCAAUUCCCGCGAUGUAUUUUUAAUUCACCAGUCUCUUCUGUGAGGAAUUGUCUAAUAUAAGUGCAGUCAUCAUGACAUCGGUUUGGAAGAGACUUCAGCGCGCUGGCAAAAGAGCGUCGAAGUUUCAGUUUGCCGCGUCCUUUCAAGAACUCACCGUUGAAUGCACUAAGAAGUGGCAGCCAGACAAACUGCGAGUUGUUUGGACCAGACGAAACAGACGCAUCUGCAGCAAGCUUCAUGGCUGGCAACCAGGUAUCAAGAACCCAUACAGAGGGACUGUGGUUUGGCAGGUUCCUGAGAGCGUGGACAUCACCGUCACUCUUUUUAAGGAUCCAAGUGCAGAUGAAUUUGAGGACAAAGACUGGACCUUCAUCAUAGAGAAUGAAACAAAGGGCCACCGAAAAGUUUUAGCAUCAGUGGAUGUGAACAUGAAGAAGUACGCAAGUGCAACCCCAGCUCAGUUUGACCUGGCGCUUACACUAAAGCCUCUGUCUGUGAAAGUGUUGGAUGCCACACUUAAACUCACCCUGUCCUGUGUCUUCCUGAAGGAGGGCAAAGCUACUGAUGAAGACAUGCAAAGUCUGGCGAGUCUGAUGAGUUUGAAGCAGUCCGACAUUGGAAACCUGGAUGACUUCAAUGACAGCGAUGACGAGGAGGACAGAAGAAUAAGUGCAGCAGUGAAAAUGGCCACAGCAGUAAUAGCUCCUCUUCCUCCUGCUAGGAGAAUACAUGACAAAGCCUGGAGACCUGCUGUAGACACAGGUCCUUCUGACACAGCUCAUUCUGAACCAGAGCGGAUGAGCUGUUCCUUCAUUACACCUAACGUUCCUCUCCAGUACCGCCCCCUGUCAUACACCGCUCCUGACCCCUCUGCCCCGCCCCUCUCCACUUCCUGUAUCCAACUCCCUCGUGCUGCCGGCAGCGUCCCGCAGGCACGCCCCUCCCCGUACGCCUUCACUAUACCUGCAUUUGUACGUGCUCAUCCACCUGCCCUGCCCAAAAUCUUCCAGCCACCAACCGGCUCAGUUGCUGUGUCUGUCACUCAAAUGCCAUCUGGAGGUCUUGCUAGGUCUGAGUUAUUGGAAAGCAGUCGCUCUGCUGAGGGCGGUGCAGUUCCUCCCCAAAGGCCUCUCUCUUUUCUUCCUGGGAUUAGCACACCUUCUUCUCUUUCCUCUGCUCAAUCCUCCUUAUCCCCUCAGCAGGCUCCUCUACCUGAUAUAACCCAGAAAGCCACCCAUUCUGUUGCUCGAAGCAAGACCUGGAGACCUCAGAGUUUUCCCUCUUCACACUCCUCCCCUUCUGAUUUCGACCCCUCCUCCUUUGAGUUUGGCUCCUCCCCUCAGGGCACAAUGACUUUACCUGCACCACGGCCCUCAAAAAUCUAUCGCGCCUCAUUGGCUGAGCCAGGCUCUGCCCUUACAAAGCCUACAAGCAUGCCCUCUGCCACUGAGACAGCAUCUUGGCAAAAAGAGUGGAGACCUCCCAAGCUUCACCCUACUCUGUGUCCUGCUCCCCUUACCUCUCCAGAACACAUUAGCCACCAGCAUCAUCCAGCCUCAGUGACCUCCUUUCCUCCUGCACAAACACCUCCCCUAAUGUAUGUCCCCCUUCCUGCAAUGUCUUCAUCCCAUGUGCUUCCUCAAUUAAUGGACACCUCUACCAUUACACCCAGUCCUGCUGUAACAUCUCCCAGUGUGGCUCCUUCCUCUGAGAUGCCUAGCAUUGAGUCAGCCUCUACUUCUUGCUCCCAAACCCUGUCAGCUGCCAUCCUCUCUCCUGCUCCAGCAUCACUGGUUUCUCCCUCCUUUGCUCCUGCUGCUUCGUCUAGUCCUCAGUCCACCCCUUAUCCACGUGUUUCUCCUCAUCACACUCUUACCGAUGUUCCUCUAAGUUCCACUCCUGAUGUUGGUCCUAUGGUCACUGGUUCUGUUGUUGCCGAGUCAGAGCCUCUCCCAGAGGUCCAGACGUCCGAAUGGAGGCAUCAGGUUGUGCCCACAGUGGUUAGACCUAAUGUGCGCAGACCAGUAGCCCCUCUUCCUGCUAAUACUCCUACCUCUCCUUUCUCUUCCUCUCCUUUCAUUCUUCCUUCACCCUCAUCCAUGAUCCCUGACCCCCACAUUUAUGCCCAAACGUCCACUGUAGCCCCUGUUAUCACCUCCAUUUCAGUCCCUUCCACUGACUCACCCACAGAGCAACACAGACAUUUAAGUGUAUUAGCAGAGGAGGAAUGUCCCAAUACAGUGUCUUCUACUGAUGAGGAUGCAGACGCUAAGCCCACAGAUGUUCAUCAAAACCAUGAAUCUCACCCUCGCAGAGCCGGAGUCAUCAGUAUUGCCAAUCAAAAACCGAACAGAAGUAUGGACAAGCAACGGCCUGUUUUUGGACUUGAGGUUGUGCGGCCUGCAAAAGGACCAGAGAGUAUGACCUCUCUGCUGCCCAGUGACCAAAAGUCACCUUCUAUCACUGAUGUCACAUAUUUUGAGCUGCCAAAAUCAGAGCUGUAUGAAACAGAUAGAGUACCCACCAACGUAGCCCUCGAAAAUGUUGCAGAACCCGCUGCGGUCCCUACAUUCACCGGCCCAUUAACUGAGGUCCAGAUCAAUCAGUCAGAGAAUUUACAGAGCUCUGCUGAGCUGGCUGUUUUACACUCAACUGCACAUGAGCAGACAGAAGAUGAGACGAUUCCUCAUAAAGACAAGACACAGCCCUUUCAAAGUAGCGUUCAACUAGCAGAAAUACAAGCACAAGAGGCCAGCCCAGAAUCUGUGCCGCAGCUGCUCUCAAAUACAGAAAUGUCCCAGUCAGAUCACACUGAUGAAGGCACCAAAAGCAUGGCCGCUUUGCUGCCCUCUUGCCCAAAAGAGUUCCAUUCUCCUUGGUCACCAUCCAUAUUAGCUGAUGACAUAGCUGAGAAUCAAAUAGGAGGCUUGUUUGUAGACCGACUACCUAGGAAGAACCAGGAAGUCAAGAAAGCACAUGAAGGAGAAGAGCCUAAUGUUGACAGUUCUCCAUCUGUUCCCAGUAUGAUAUAUCUUCUUCCAGCCUGUCCAAGAACUGCUUUUGCACCUGGGAUGCCAUCUAUAACCUUUCAAGACACAAAGUGGCCUUGGGAUGAAUCUGUGAAGAUACUGAAAGAGUACAUUCAAAAGGAGAAACCAACAAAACUUAUUCAAGAUAUGGAUUGCUCAUUGUAUGACAAGAGCACUGUGGAAAAUAUGGUAUCCCUACAGUUAACUUGUCCAAGAAUCGCCAGCAUCCCAGGAUUGCCAUCUUUGCCAUUUUGUAUGGUCAGUCUCCUUCCAUUAUGUCCAGAUAUCUCUGUAGUUCCAGGUUUAUCUUCAAGAUAUCCAAUCAUUUGCACAGAUGAAACAUGGCCUAAAGAGAAUUUAGUAUUUUUCUGUAGGAAAAACAAGCAACAGAUUUUGCCAAUGUCCUCAAUGAAGGUGGAUUUUGAAACUGCAAGAAAGAUGGUUGCGUUGAGAUCAUCUUGCUCAGCAGCACCCAAGACUCCAGGAUUUCCAUCUGCUCCAAAACCAGUUGCACCAAGUAUGGUCAGGAUUUCACCAUGUUGUCCAAAGGUUUCUUGGAUUGCUGGAUUUACAUCUGCAAAAGAACUUGCCAGUCAAAAUGUCUUCCAACAGUGGCCACCCAACAAUCAAUCAUCUGUGAUAAUAGCACAAAGGAACCAGUCCAGUUUGCCUCAAGUUCUAAACAUACUGAAAGAGGACCAGUUACCGGAGAUGGUGAACUUAGUACCAUCUUGUCCAAGAAAAGCAAGGACUCCUGGUUUUCCAUCUGCACCAAAACGAAAACAAGACAUUGCAUUCUGUAUGACAAAACUCUCACCUCUAUGUCCAAAAACCUCUUGUGUCACUGGAGUAUCAGCUAUACACAUUCUUACAAGCACUUCAGAUUCAUUUAAGGAGUGGCCAAAGGACAUUAAACCGCUUUGGAUGAAGACGCUAGCAUCUCAGCCGUGUCGUUUAAUCUGUCCAUGUCCAACUCGGUAUGAAGUUACAGAAAGCAAUAUGCUGUCAUUGAUACCAUCAUGCCCAAGAAAAGCAAGAACACCUGGAUUUCCUUCUGCACCGUGGCUCAUCCCUGAAACACAAAUAACGUUUGGUACUCUAUCAACAUGCCCACAGACAGCUAAAACACCAGGCUUUCCCUCUUUAGUCCAAAGCAAAGUUGAUAAGACUUUGGUAAAUAAUUGGCUUUUUAAGGAGAAAGCUUUUUGUAUGAGGUGUCUGCCAGUGUACAUAUUUGACAAGCUAGACAUUGCUUAUCAGGACAAAGAGAGUUUUAAAGGAAUGUAUGCUAUUUUGCCAAGUUGUCCAGUGAAAGCAAGUGUCCCUGGCUUUCCAUCUGCACCAAAGCCCAAAUUAAUGGUUUAUCUUCUCCAUUCCUGCCCAACAGUCUCAAAUGUACCUGGGAUGCUAUCAAGCAUAAUAUCUGAAGUGGAAUUACAGUGGCCUUUAAAUGAAAGGCCAUUAUGGGUAAAACAAUUAAGCAGAAAGGUUCAGUCCAUACAUGCUGUUCCUCUUCAGUACAGAGAAAUAAAGGAUAAAGCUUUCAUUAAGCAGAUGGUAGCUUUGCGCCCAACUUGUGCAAUCAGUGCUAAAUUGCCUGGCUUCCCAUCUGCUCCAAGAAGAAUAACUGAGAAGAAAGCACCAGAUAUGGUCUCCCUCAUGCCAUCUUGUCCACAUUUUACAAAGGUAUUAGGUAUGCCGUCUGUUCACUUGGGAAAUGAAGCAAUAGAUUCAAGUGCAUGGCCUCUGGAUGCAAAGCAACUUUACAAGAGGACCUCAAAGGAUGAGUCCGAUAUAAUGUGUUCUUCGUUGAAUCAAACAUAUGACGACCAUCUGAAUUUCCACAUAGAAGACAUGGUAGCUUUGCGCCCAACUUGUGCAAUCAGUGCUAAAUUGCCUGGCUUCCCAUCUGCUCCAAGAAGAAUAACUGAGAAGAAAGCACCAGAUAUGGUCUCCCUCAUGCCAUCUUGUCCACAUUUUACAAAGGUAUUAGGUAUGCCGUCUGUUCACUUGGGAAAUGAAGCAAUAGAUUCAAAUGCAUGGCCUCUGGAUGCAAAGCAACUGUACAAGAGGACCUCAAAGGAUGAGUCCGAUAUAAUGUGUUCUUCGUUGAAUCAAACAUAUGACGACCAUCUGAAUUUCCACAUAGAAGACAUGGUAGCUUUGCGCCCAACUUGUGCAAUCAGUGCUAAAUUGCCUGGCUUCCCAUCUGCUCCAAGAAGAAUAACUGAGAAGAAAGCACCAGAUAUGGUCUCCCUCGUGCCAUCUUGUCCACAUUUUACAAAGAUAUUAGGUAUGCCGUCUGCUGACUUGGGAAAUGAAGCAAUAGAUUCAAGUGCAUGGCCUCUGGAUGCAAAUCAACUGUACAAGAGGACCUCAAAGGAUGAGUCCGAUAUAAUGUGUUCUUCAUUGAAUCAAACAUAUGACGACCAUCUGAAUUUCCACAUAGAAGACAUGGCUAUGAUUAUGCCAUCUUGUGCAAAGCAAUCCAAUAUCCCUGGUUUUCCAUCCACAUAUUCAGAAUUUCCACAUAUGCUUUAUCUUGCAAAUAAUACCCAAGCAUCACCAGAAGAUAUUGGCCAUAAACAAGAAACUUCAACUGUGCUUAGUCCAGCAGAUACUGAGAUAGACCUGUCCAGUGCAAACAAUUCUGACAGUAGUUUUGCAUUAGAGAAGACCAAGGAGAAUGUGAACUUUUGGGCAAGACGUGAAGAAGGACAAAAGGGAAUUCUGGAGAGGGGGAAAAUGCAUUGCAGAAUGUGGCACUCCAUACCAGACAUGCCACUAUUACUGACUGUUGAGGAGAGAUGUCAAAGCAUAAGUGCUCAGAUUCCGCCUUAUGAAAAUUACAGAGAUACUCUGUUUAAAAACGAUGACGUGGAUCAAGGUGUAUUAUGGACAUCGCAAGAACAGUUUGCUGAAGGUUUUAAGCAAGAAGAGACUACAAAAGAUCAUAAUAGAAUGGUACCUUCAACAGCUGAAGAUCAGCCUUCAGGACUGCAACAAGAGUGUGUCCCAAACAUGGUAGACCUUCUUCCAUCAUGUCCACUGUUCUCAAGAGUUUUUGGAUGUCCAUCAACAGCGCUAUCUAGCAUAUGUAAAACAGACAUAAUCAACUGGCCUACUGAUUUAAGUAUAAUUUGGGAUGAGUCACGUAACUCACCAAAAAAUAUUUUAAUGCCAAACUUGGAAAAAUCCCCCUAUGAGGCAAAUAUGGUGUCCCUGACAUGCACAUGUCCAACUGAAGCAAGAAUUCCUGGCUUUCCAUCUGCUAAAAGACCCAAAGAGGCCCCAUGUAUAUCUUUUCCAGAAACAUUCGUUGUUGUUGACACAUCUUCACAGACCCCAAUUCCAGAGGAAAAGCAGUAUGAGGAGUGGCUGAGCAUGGAAACAUCAUUAUUGGAAGAACAUCCUGAAGCAAAGCCAAUUUUACACAUCGAAAGCCCAGUUGAGUAUUCAGAGGAGACUAUAAUGAUGGUGGAUACAGUUCCAUCUUCAAAACUUGAUUUCAUAUCUGCUCCAAAGUAUGAAGAAAUACUUAUUCAAUCAUGUAAAGAAUUAAUUUUUCAAGAGUCUACAAUUGCUGAGUCAGAACUGAGGGAUGAUUCCAAGCCUGCAAAUGAGAUAUUAACCUUUGUGUCUGAAAAUGCUGCACAAAUGCCAGAUUCUAUCCCUGAAACCCAAGCAGAGCCAAAUAUGUUGGAGCUCCUUCCAUGCUGUCCGGUGCUUUCUAGAAUCCCUGGAUGUCCUUCUCUAAGGGCCCUUGAAGGCAUGGAGUGCAUUAGUGAUCAAGCAGUAAUCUUUUGCAGUUUAUUAAAAGAUAGACAGACUGGUAUUUUUGACCCCAUUAAAGAUGACAAAGACUCCCAGAUUAUAGCUCUGGCACCAACAUGCCCAAAAGCAUCAAGUAUUCCAGGCUUUCCAUCUAGACCACAUCGUAAAUCACAGAUGGAGCUGAACAUACAAAACAUGUGUCCCUCUUGCCCAGAGAUUUCGCAUAUAGCUGGUUGUCCGAGCAUCCAGAAGCCUAAGAUGUCCAAUUGGCCUUUUAGUACAGUUAUUUUGUGUUCAAAUCCAUUAAAGAAACCCCCUGUUGUUUUGGACAUGGACAAGAUAUGCAAAGAAAACGGUCAUAGAAUGUUUGCUUUGGCACCUACAUGUCCACCAGUGGUCUGUGUUCCAGGUUUUCCAUCUGUGCCCGAGCCAGUAAUGCUGCACAUGCUUCCCACUUGCCCGGAGAAGUCUAAUGUUAUAGGAUUUUCUUCUAAAAAAGAGCAUUUAGUUUGGUUUGUUGACAAGAAAACAUUGUACAAUGUAUCUUUUAAAAAGCAACCUGUUGUUCUUAAUGACAGAGGUGAUUGGCUUAGUGAAUUAACCAAAAUAAUGUUUGCAUUGGCUCCAACCUGUCCAUCAACGGCAAGAAUACCAGGAUUCCCAUAUGCACCUAAGCGCAAAGAUUCACUUCCCCCCAGUAUGGUUGAUCUACAUCAUUGCAUUCCAAAGAAGUCAAGAAUCAUGGGAUUAUCAUCAAGUGAGGGAAUAAACGCAGAAACAUGGUUUGAGAAUGAAACACCCCUGUUGGAGAGGCCACUGAGAACAAGGUCAGAGCUCCUUGUCCAGUUUAAUUUUGCAACUCCAUAUAAAGAAAUAGACAAAAAUAUUUUGCAGAGGAUGUUUGCACUGGUACCCACCUGCCCAAGAGAAGCAUGCAUACCUGGUUUCCCUUCUCUACCUCAGGUUAAAGUGGAGGCUUUCUAUCUCCAUAAAGAACCAGAUGUAGUCAGCCUUUUGCAUUCUUGCCCAAUGUUUUCUUUUAUUGUAGGUGUUCCUACAGUAAAAUCUGUGCCCAUAGAAGAGUCUCAAGAAAGCAUAUGGUCCACUCAGAAGCCCAUAUGGGUUAAACCUCUUAAAGAAAGACCGUUUUGGUCUUUAAGUUAUACAAAGGAUAAUGAAGAGCAUUCAAAAACCAUGUUCUUGCUUGCCCCUACGUGCCCCAAUAAGGCCAGAAAUGAUGGUUUUCCAUGCUCAGAAAGGCUUAAAAAAGUAGAGGGUCCAGUGACAACUGCCUUCCCAGCUUCUCCAGAGGCUCCAUUCUCUGCAACCAAUGAAACAGAUUUUAGUCACCUGUUCCCUGAAGUGCCGUGUUCCCUAGUUGAAGCAAGGCUUCCUGAUUUCCCAGAUGCUUCUACAUAUGCAAUUUCUCCAUCAAGUCCAACCCAAGAACACACCAAAUUUGAAGCCAAAUUUACCCAAUACAUAGAAUCUGAAAGAAAUCAAACACUGGAUAUAACAGGGCCUGAAAAUCCUAAAGAAAUAGAAAGUUCUUAUGAAAUGCUCUUGGCCGAAGGUAUUGAAAACCAUGAGGUGAAGUUUUUUCUGGAAGAGCAAGAUGUUGGGGAGCAGUCUGCUAGUAAAACUCAUGAUACUGCAGAGCCUGGAGAAACUGCUAUAGCGUUAGGAUGGGAAGUUUUGGAGGCAGAUGAUACUUCCACUGAAAAAGAAGGAUCUUCUGGUCUUGUUAGGACUAUAGUUGAUGUCUUUCACAGAGGUUAUGAGACAGUUGCAGCAAUAUUACAGCCCUCUAGCUCUGGGUCAGUCACAGACACGGACACUUUAGAUCCUCUCGACAGUCUUUCGUCCUCUGUGGAUCCCCAGGACAGCGCCACUGGAUGUGAUCAUUCAUUGGAGGCGCUCGUACAGGCAGCGGAGACUCAGGUCUUUGAUUCUGCUGAACCCUACAUGUGGCGUUUGGUUGGUGGUUGUUCAGAAACAUCACUGUCAUCAAAAGAGAUUGAAAGCUGGUUCGUUGAAGAUGAAGAAUUUUGCCUAAUGAGGAAGUGGCCACCUUUAACAGAGGCCGACCUCCAUGAGAUAACCAAAGAGGAGGAGGACAAAACAGAUGUUGACUCGUUGAUACAGGAGUGUACAACUUUGAUUCAAGAGGAAACUGGUAAUGAUGAUAUUGUGACAAAAAGUAAAAUGUUGAAGGAUGAGUUGUCAACCACACUAUUUCCAGAGAAGGGGCCACAACAUCAUUUUGUCCAAGAAGUCUCUCUGUUCAUCCAACGGACUAAGGAUGAAUUGCUGGAUGAAGAGAAACUACCUAUGUCCUUACUGACUUCAAUAACUUCUCAUAACCCAGGGACUGUCACAGAAGAGACUGUUUCAGCUUCAAAAGAACCUGUGCCACCAAGAAGGACUAAGAAGCAAGACAUUCUUCAAGAGACAUUUCUGUCAUCAACACCAGUUUCCAAUCCAGCUGAGCCAAUUGCUCAGAAUGACAACAUCUGUGUCAUAAAACAAACUGAUCAUUAUUCUCAGAGUAAAUCACAAAUUGUACAGCCAGACACCCCACUCACCACCAUCCAGAGUUCUUCAGCUGCGGUAGAUGCGGUAGAGUUCUUUCCACUGACAAGCACUUCUUUUCUUGAUGGGACCUCUGUGAUAGAAGCAGCUGAAAAUGUAGUAAAAGUAUCCAAAAUUAAGAUUUCUUCACCAGAACCCAAAGAGAAGCCCACACCCAAAGAAAUUAUAGCAUCAUGUCAUAGCAACAGUGAAGAAAAUGUUCCCCUAGUGCCUGCGGAAGACACAGUCACACCAUUACGUGCUCCUCAGAGGCAGAAGAAUAAAGCUCAAACCAGCAAUGUUGAUGAAGCUGGUGGAGAGUUUGAAGAACAGAGUACAUUGUCUUCUGUCAUCACCAGUAUGUCCCAGUCUGAAGACAAAAGAAAGACCCAUACUGGUGAUGAAUUGAGCAUGAAAGACCAGGUACAACUGGAUUUGAAUGUUCCUGAGGUGUCAGAAGUAAAAAUGCGAAUCAAAUACACUGAUCUUCCUGUCCCAGUGCCACGUGUAAAGAAACGUCUCAGUGGAUCUUUUGCAGAUGAUCUUCCUUCUCCUUCAUCCACCCCUUUAUCUGAAGCAGAUCAAGGUAACAUUUUUCUCCAAACAGAAGACCAUCAAGAUUCAAGUCUUCCAGUCCCAGUACCACGUUCAAAAAAACGUCUCAGUGGUUCUUAUACAUAUGAUCGCCCAGCCCCUUCAUCCACCCCUUCAUCUCAAGCAGAUUCAGACAAUAUUGCAGAUGAUCUUCCUUCUCCUUCAUCCACCCCUUUAUCUGAAGCAGAUCAAGGUAACAUUUUUCUCCAAACAGAAGAGCAUAAAGAUUCAAGUCUUCCAGUCCCAGUGCCACGUGUGAAGAAACGUCUCAGUGGAUCUUUUGCAGAUGAUCUUCCAGCCCCUUCAUCCACCCCUUUAUCUGAAGCAGAUCAAGGUAACAUUGUUCUCCAAACAGAAGACCAUCAAGGUUCAAGUCUGCCAGUCCCAGUGCCACGUGUGAAGAAACGUCUCAGUGGUGCUUUUCCAGAUGAUCUUCCAGUCCCUUCAUCAACCCCUUCAUCUCAAGCAGAUUCAGACAACAUUGUCCACAGUACAGAAGACCAUCAAGAUUCAAAUCUGCCAGUUCCGGUCCCACGUGUAAAGAAACGUCUCAGUGGAUCUUUUCCAGAUGAUCAUCCAGUCCCUUCAUCCUCCCUUCCAUCGCAAGCAGGUUCAGAUAGCAUUGCUCCCCAAAAAGAAGACCAUCAAGAUUCAAGUCUGCCAGUUCCGGUCUCACGUGUAAAGAAACGUCUCAGUGGAUCUUUUCCAGAUGAUCUUCCAGUCCCUUCAUCAACCCCUUCAUCUCAAGCAGAUUCAGACAACAUUGUCCACAGUACAGAAGACCAUCAAGAUUCAAAUCUGCCAGUUCCGGUCCCACGUGUAAAGAAACGUCUCAGUGGAUCUUUUCCAGAUGAUCUUCCAGCCUCUUCAUCCUCCCUUCCAUCGCAAGCAGGUUCAGAUAGCAUUGCUCCCCAAAAAGAAGACCAUCAAGAUUCAAGUCUUCCAGUCCCAGUGCCACGUGUGAAGAAACGUCUCAGUGGUUCUUUUCCAGAUGAUCUUCCAGUCCCUUUAUCAACCCCUUCAUCUCAAACAGAUUCAGACAACAUUGUUCACAAUAGAGAAGACCAUCAAGAUUCAAAUCUGCCAGUUCCGGUCCCACGUGUGAAGAAACGUCUCAGUGGUUCUUUUCCAGAUGAUCUUCCAGUCCCUUUAUCAACCCCUUCAUCUCAAACAGAUUCAGACAACAUUGUUCACAAUAAAGAAGACCAUCAAGAUUCAAAUCUGCCAGUUCCGGUCCCACGUGUGAAGAAACGUCUCAGUGGUUCUUUUCCAGAUGAUCUUCCAGUCCCUUCAUCAACCCCUUCAUCUCAAACAGAUUCAGACAACAUUGUUCACAAUAGAGAAGACCAUCAAGAUUCAAGUCUGCCAGUUCCGGUCCCACGUGUGAAGAAACGUAUCAGUGGUUCUUUUCCAGAUGAUCUUCCUGUCCCUUCAUCAACCCCUUCAUCUCAAGCAGAUUCAGACAACAUUGUUCUCCAAACGAGAGACCCUCAAGAUUCAAAUCUUCCAGUCCUGGUUCCAUGUGUGAAGAAACGUCUCAGUGGUUCUUUUCCAGAUGAUCUUCCAGCCCCUUCAUCCUCCCUUCCAGGUUCAGAUAACAUUGUUCCCCAAACAGAAAACCAUCAAGAUUCAAUGCCACGUGUGAAGAAACAUCUAAGUGGCUCCUUUCCAGGUGAUCCCACUGUUCCCUCGAGUUGUCCACCUCCUGUAGAUUUACUUAACAUAGGAGUCCUUGAAGGAGUACCAAGUGAUGCAAGCAUGCCCAUCCCAAUUCCCCACUCAGAGAAACUCAGUGAUAAGUUCUCUGAUGAGAACCUUUCAAGCUUCCCUCAAGAAGAAGAAGUUAAGCUUCAUCUCUCAGAAAACAAACAAUGGCCUGUUGAAGUGGACACGCAGGUGAGGGCAGAAGCAGAGAUUGAGAGCCUUGAGGAUUCCACCACCUCAAGUGCCAAUGAAGUAGAGCUAAACAGAAAAGGUCUGGAGGAGUCUGGUUUAGAACCUGUUGGCCAGUUAGUACCUGAUGUAACAGUUAUCAGUGAAAAACCUAAGACUGGUUCUCCACUUGGUGAACAUUGUAAGGACAAAGGGGAGACAGACCAACAAACUGAAAAAGAUAAAAGUGUUGAGGAAGAAAAAGAUGCUGUACAUUCUGGAGAUGAUGUGGUUGAUUUGAGCAUGGACACUGUAGAUGACACAGGUGUUAUCAUAGAUGUAUUUAGACAAGAAGUAGCUGAAGACUCCUCUAAUCUUCCUGUGCCAAUGCCUCGUGUGAAGAAACGAUUAAGUGCCUCUUUCCCAGAAGACGUCUCCAUUCCCAGUUCCUCGUCAGCCAAUCAACAUGAGGUUUCAGAAAAGGCCAAUAAUGAGCUGACAGUGCCUGUUCGUAAUAAACGAAGAGCUGCAGCAGAUGCCAUAGACCUUCAGGGAAGUUCCACAGCUCACACAUCGCCAACAAGUGAAACAGAGAUUGCAACCUUAGUGAAUUCAAGUCAGUCUCUGCUGGAAUGGUGCCAAAAGGUCACACAAGGUUACAAGGGUGUCCGGAUCACAAACUUCAGCACCUCGUGGAGAAACGGCCUCGCUUUCUGUGCCAUCCUGCAUCACUUCCAUCCAGAUAAAGUAAAUUAUGAAAUGCUGGAUCCAUAUGACAUUAAGCGCAACAACAAGAAGGCGUUUGAUGGCUUUGCUGAACUGGGCAUCUCUAGGUUGAUAGAGCCCUCUGACAUGGUUCUGCUGGCAGUGCCCGACAGGCUCAUCGUGAUGACGUAUCUCAAUCAAAUCCGCACCUAUUUCAUGGGCCAGGAGCUCAGUGUGAUACAGAUUGAGAAGAACAGCAGUGAGUCCAGUUAUGCUGUUGGUGAGAAGAGGGAGGAAGCAGACCCUGAAGCUGCUGUUCGCUACUGCGCAGAAAGGCUCCAGGGCAGCGGGAUUACUCUAGAGACCAAUGGAAGCUUCCCUGAAAAAGAGGUCAAGGAAGGUGCUGGUGGUUUGGUGCCACCUCCAAGAACGAAGCGAACGCAGGGCCCGAGCCACGCUGGAGGAUCAGGGGCCCCCCAGCCUCCGGUGGCACCACCAAGAACUCACAUCUCAAAGGCUUUUUCUCAUCUCAAGGAUGCAGAUCUUGUUAAAAAGCGCAGAUCGAAGCUGCGGGGAGAGUCACUGGAUGAGCCUGAACCACACGAACAGCAGAGCGGUACUGAGGCUGCAUCAGUCCAAGCAGAAAGUGAAGCAGCCAAAGGAGGUUCAGACUCACAAAACGUAGAGAAUGUUGAAGAGGCCACUGCAGGAGAGAAUCUGGAUGUCAGUCAAUAUGUACUUAGUGAGAUGCAGGCGCUGGAGGCUGAACAGAAGCAGAUAGAUUGUAGAGCAGACAUUGUGGAGAGGAAACUGAGAAGACUUAUGGAAUCUGGUAGUGAUCGUGCAGAAGAAGAGACACUGAUUCAGGAGUGGUUUACCCUGGUCAACAAGAAGAACGCUUUGAUCAGGAGACAAGACCAUCUGCAGUUACUACAAGAAGAGCAAGAUUUGGAGAGGAAGUUUGAGCUGCUAAAGAAAGAGCUACAAGAUUUAAUGGCUGUGGAAGAAUGGAAGAAAACCCAGGCCCAUAAAACCAGAGAGCAGCUGUUGUUGCAGGAGCUGGUAUCAUUAGUCAACCAGAGAGACGAGCUUGUGCAUGAUAUAGAUGCCAAAGAGAGAGGGGCUCUUGAAGAGGAUGAGAGGUUGCAGAGAGGACUAGAAAUGAGACGCAGGAAAUAUGGAAGUCGAAAAGAGAAGUGUGUGUUACAGUGAGGGAUCCUGUGCGCCUGCUUUAUACAGGACCGUCCCUCGUUAAACACUGUGCUGAUGGACUAGUGAAAUGUGUGUGUGGACCAUAUCGUAAAAAAUGACAAGGAGAUUGUGACUAGAUGAAUUCUCAGUCCUCAUGUUGAAAAGUUUGAGCAGCAUGAAUGCUCAUUUCAGGGUGGAUUAAAAGCUGUUUUCUUUUAGAGACAUUUUUAGUCUCAGAAUAUUGUCUGAAAAAGUGAAAUAGACAGUAAUGGUCCAUAGUCUUCUGACAGCAGUUCUUGUUUUACAUUUUCAGUAAACAUAAUAUACAUGUGACCUUUGCAGUGUUAUUACCUUAUUUAACUUGUUUGUAUAAGUCGGUUGCUGCAGUGAUUUUAAGGUGUCUCAAAGCUAUGUAAAAUAGUACAGUGCAAGUAUGAAAAAAUGGAUCAGGCUGUUAAAAAAGACACUGCUGUGUUACAAAGAGAUUACCUUCUGUUAUGCAAGGCAUACAUUUAACUAACCUAACAAACAGACAAAACAGCACGAAAGCAUGGAAGAAAAUAAACAUUUUGCACACAAUUUCUCCAUUAAGGCACCCUAUUAGUUAUGGAUAUCAUUUGAACAAUAUGAUCUUAAUGAUGCCUCUCCAAAUACUGUUACAAUGGUUGUCUGUUCUAUUUGAAGAACCAAUAUCACAGGAUAUAGAAAAUACAAACUGUCAAAAAAGAGAGUAUGUGCAUGAACUUUGAGUGUUAGCAUUUUGUUUUAAAAUAUUUUAAUGAAAAAAAAUAGAUUGUAUUUAUAUAACAUCAUUAUUCAUCCAUGUAUGGUACAGAAUGCAAAAGAAAAUGUACCCUCAGCAAUUCAGAAGAAUUUCUCCUUUAAAGAGUGAGUGUGAUAGCUUUUUUGAGUGACUGGUUGUUUAGAGACUCUCAGCUCUUUGAUAUUAUCUUUGGCCCUGUUUACACUGUUUGAAAUGUCAUUAUUUGACUGAAUUGUUUUUGAAGAGUCCUUAUGUCAGCUAACACACCCACAGCUGACAGGUCUUUGGGAAAUAAAAUUGUUUUCAAAUUCUA